UUUACGAAGUCCGGAAAAGAUUUUAAAACGUUUGGGUUGCAAAGGAACACCUAAUGCACCACCAAAAACGCGUAAACAGCUUACGUGUGCUACUAAAAUACGUGGAAAUACUUAUGCAGUGUGAAUGUCUGUAUUUGGGUUUCCUGUGGUAGAUUUACAUAAAAAAGGUAUAUGCUAAAAAAACACAUGCAAGAUGGCUCUGUCGCUGAUACGCAAUGCUCGACCACGCCCUGCUGUUUUUCUAGGAGGGUGGGUUGACCUUAGCCAUGCGCGGGCUCUUGGUAGAGCUGGGCUGUUGCUUCGGCCUGCUUCACUAAGACUCAUGAAAAACAAGACCUCCACUUCGUCUGCCGUUUCACCAAAAGGACGUUUUGACGCCACUGUAGGUUACGUGGUGACGAAGCUAGACGACCUCGUUAACUGGAGUAGAAGGAGUUCUCUAUGGCCGUUGAUGUUUGGACUGGCUUGUUGUGGGAUUGAAAUGAUGCACUUUGCAGCUCCGCGGUACGACAUGGAUCGGUUUGGAGUCGUGUUUAGAGCCAGUCCGCGUCAGAUAGAUGUCAUGCUUGUUUCGGGAACAGUCACAAACAAAAUGGCGCCUGCUUUAAGACGGCUUUAUGACCAAAUGCCUGAGCCACGCUGGGUCAUAUCUGUAGGAAGCUGUGCAAAUAGCGGUGGAUACUAUUACCAUUCGUACUCCGUUGUCCGUGGCUGUGACCGCAUAAUCCCGGUGGAUAUCUACGUGCCCGGGUGCCCGCCCUCCGCCGAGGCGCUGCUGUUUGGGGUACUGCAGCUGCAGAAGAAAGUCCGCCUCAAGCAUCAUCCAAUAGCUAUGUGGUACCGGAAGUGACGCAUCAUCAGAUAGCCAUGUGGUACCGGAAACGACGCAUCAUCACAUAGCCAUGUGGUACCGGAAAAGACGCAUCACCAGAUAGCCAUGUAGUACCGGAAGUGACGCAUCACCAGAUAGCCAUGUAGUACUGGAAGUGACGCAUCAUCCGAUAGCCAUGUUACACCAAAAAUGAUUCACCAUUAGAUAGCCAUGUGGUACCGGAAGUCACGCAUUACCCGAUCGUCCUGUUAUACCGUCCGGAGGUGAUGCAAUAACCGAUAGCCAUGUAGUGACGUGCCGUAAAAGCGAUGCAUCCUUAUAACCAUGUAGUACCGGAAGUAAUGCAUUGCCUCUCUAGCCAUAUUGCACCGGAAACAAUGCAUUAUCUCAUUAGUCAUGUAGCACCGGAUUUAUUGUAUUUCCACCUUAUCUAGCCAUAUACAUUACAUAUGACACAAUCUUAUGUUAUUGAAGAUGCAUUUUUAAAGAAUUGUGAAACCAUUGUAAAGGUACUUGGAAAUUUUUUAAAUGAUACUAGCAAUGAAUAUUAAUAAACACUAAAAUUCAGUUUUA